AUGAUUAUCUCAAGAUAUACAGUGCUCAUGGACAUACACAGGUGGUGUGCAGGGCGCAUGCGCACCCCCUUGGAGGCCAGAAAAUGGGUCGUUUCUUCAAAUAUUUUCCUCUUUCCAUAUCCCCCUUCAACCAAUGCUGGGUACACUAAUGCUGGGUACACCAAUGCUGGGUACACCAAUGCUGGGUACACCAGUACUGGGUACACCAAUGCUGGGUACAUAAAUGCUGGGUACGCUAAUGCUGGGUACACCAAUGCUGGGUACACCAAUGCUGGGUACACCAAUGCUGGGUACACCAAUGCUGGGUACACCAAUGCUGGGUACACCAAUGCUGGGUACACCAGUACUGGGUACACCAAUGCUGGGUACAUAAAUGCUGGGUACGCUAAUGCUGGGUACACCAGUACUGGGUACACCAAUGCUGGGUACAUAAAUGCUGGGUACGCUAAUGCUGGGUACACCAGUACUGGGUACACCAAUGCUGGGUACAUAAAUGCUGGGUACACCAAUGCUGGGUACACCAGUACUGGGUACACCAAUGCUGGGUACAUAAAUGCUGGGUACGCUAAUGCUGGGUACACCAAUGCUGGGUACGCCAAUGCUGGGUACGCCAAUGCUGGGUACAUCAAUGCUGGGUACGCGAAUGCUGGGUACACCAAUGCUGGGUACAUAAAUCCUGGGUACACCAAUGCUGGGUACACCAAUGCUGGGUACACUAAUGAUGGGUACACCAAUGCUGGGUACACCAGUACUGGGUACGCUAAUGCUGGGUACGCCAAUGCUGGGUACGCUAAUGAUGGGUACGCCAAUGCUGGGUACACCAAUGCUGGGUACACCAAUGCUGGGUACACCAGUACUGGGUACACCAAUGCUGGGUACAUAAAUCCUGGGUACACCAAUGCUGGGUACACCAAUGCUGGGUACACUAAUGAUGGGUACACCAAUGCUGGGUACGCUAAUGCUGGGUACGCCAAUACUGGGUACGCGAAUGCUGGGUACAUAAAUGCUGGGUACACCAAUGCUGGGUACGCUAAUGCUGGGUACGCGCCUGGUGCUAACCUUAAUGAAAAGAAUGAUGCAGUAAUUAUUAUGAUUGCAUAG